AUGGUGCAUGUUUUGAGCAAGGAUUCCUGUUCUACCUGGGGCGGAGGGCAUUUUUCAACUUUUGAUAAAUAUCAGUAUGACUUCACUGGGACUUGCAACUAUAUCUUUGCAACUGUAUGUGAUGAAUCCAGUCCAGACUUCAACAUUCAGUUCCGUCGUGGGCUGGACAAAAAAAUUGCAAGGAUCAUUAUUGAACUGGGCCCUUCUGUCAUCAUUGUUGAGAAAGACAGCAUUUCUGUCAGGAGUGUCGGUGUCAUCAAGCUGCCUUAUGCCAACAAUGGAAUUCAAAUAGCACCUUAUGGGCGCAGUGUCCGCCUUGUUGCCAAGCUGAUGGAGAUGGAACUAGUUGUCAUGUGGAACAAUGAGGACUACCUCAUGGUUUUGACUGAAAAAAAAUACAUGGGGAAGACCUGUGGAAUGUGUGGAAAUUAUGAUGGCUAUGAACUAAAUGACUUUGUGAGUGAAGGUAAAUUACUGGAUACAUACAAGUUUGCUGCAUUACAAAAAAUGGAUGAUCCAUCAGAGAUCUGUCUGUCUGAGGAGAUGUCAAUUCCUUCCAUUCCUCACAAAAAAUACGCCAUGAUCUGCUCUCAACUGCUUAACCUGGUGUCACCAACCUGCAGUGUUCCAAAAGAUGGGUUUGUCACUCGUUGUCAGCUUGACAUGCAGGACUGCAGUGAGCCAGGACAAAAGAACUGUACUUGCUCUACACUGUCAGAGUAUUCAAGGCAAUGUGCUAUGUCCCAUCAAGUGGUGUUCAACUGGAGGACUGAAAACUUCUGCUCCGUGGGGAAAUGUUCUGCUAAUCAAAUCUAUGAGGAAUGUGGUUCUCCAUGUAUUAAAACCUGCUCCAACCCUGAGUACAGCUGUUCCAGUCACUGUACCUACGGUUGCUUUUGUCCAGAAGGAACUGUUCUUGAUGACAUCUCAAAGAAUCGCACAUGUGUUCACCUUGAACAGUGCCCAUGUACACUGAAUGGGGAAACAUACGCUCCUGGUGAUACAAUGAAAGCAGCGUGUAGAACUUGUAAAUGUACAAUGGGUCAAUGGAACUGCAAAGAGUUGCCCUGCCCUGGAAGGUGCUCAUUGGAAGGAGGCUCAUUUGUUACCACGUUUGAUUCUAGAUCAUACAGGUUUCAUGGAGUUUGCACUUACAUUCUUAUGAAGAGUUCCAGCCUGCCACACAAUGGAACCCUAAUGGCUAUUUAUGAAAAGUCUGGUUAUUCUCAUUCUGAGACAUCACUUAGUGCUAUAAUUUACCUGUCUACAAAGGACAAAAUUGUGAUUUCUCAGAAUGAACUCCUUACUGAUGAUGAUGAACUUAAGCGGCUACCUUAUAAAUCAGGAGACAUCACUAUUUUCAAACAAUCCUCGAUGUUCAUUCAAAUGCAUACAGAGUUUGGUCUGGAACUCAUUGUUCAAACAUCACCUGUGUUCCAGGCCUAUGUUAAAGUCAGUUCACAAUUCCAAGGCAGAACUCUAGGUUUGUGUGGUAAUUACAAUGGAGACACUACAGAUGACUUCAUGACUAGUAUGGAUAUCACUGAAGGAACAGCUUCCCUAUUUGUAGAUUCCUGGAGAGCAGGAAAUUGCCUUCCUGCUAUGGAGAGAGAGACUGACCCAUGUGCUUUGAGUCAGCUGAACAAAAUAUCUGCUGAGACUCAUUGCUCCAUUCUAACGAAGAAGGGUACAGUGUUUGAGAAAUGCCAUGCUGUGGUAAACCCAACUCCUUUCUACAAGAGAUGCGUCUACCAAGCCUGUAAUUAUGAAGAGACCUUUCCUUACAUUUGCUCUGCUCUGGGAUCAUAUGCACGAACAUGCAGUGCAAUGGGUUUAAUCCUUGAGAACUGGAGAAACAGUAUGGACAAUUGCACCAUUACUUGUACUGGCAAUCAAACAUUCAGCUACAACACUCAGGCAUGUGAAAGGACAUGCUUGUCACUCUCCAACCCAACCCUGGAAUGUCACCCAACUGACAUCCCAAUUGAAGGCUGCCAUUGUCCUAAAGGGAUGUAUCUGAACCACAAGAAUGAAUGCGUUCGUAAAUCCUAUUGUCCCUGCUAUUUAGAAGAUAGGAAGUACAUCUUACCUGAUCAGUCAACAAUGACUGGUGGGAUAACCUGCUACUGUGUUAAUGGGAGGCUAAGUUGCACUGGCAAACUUCAAAAUCCUGCAGAAAGCUGCAAAGCACCUAAGAAAUAUAUAUCAUGUUCUGACAGCUGAAACAAGUAUGGAGCUGCAUGUGCCCCUACUUGUCAGAUGCUGGCUACAGGAAUUGAAUGUAUUCCUACUAAAUGUGAAUCAGGCUGUGUCUGUGCUGAUGGGCUAUAUGAAAAUCUUGAUGGCAGGUGUGUUCCAGCUGAAGAGUGUCCUUGUGAAUAUGGAGGCCUUUCAUAUAGAAAAGGUGAACAGAUCCAAACUGAAUGUGAAAUCUGCACUUGCAGAAAAGGCAAAUGGAAAUGUGUUCAGAAAUCAAGAUGUUCCUCAACAUGUAAUCUUUAUGGAGAAGGCCAUAUCACCACUUUUGAUGGACAGCGUUUUGUGUUUGAUGGCAACUGUGAAUACAUAUUAGCUAUGGAUGGCUGCAAUGUUAAUAGACCUCUUUCCUCUUUUAAAAUUGUUACUGAGAAUGUUAUUUGUGGGAAAUCAGGGGUUACAUGCUCUAGAUCCAUCAGCAUUUACCUUGGGAACUUGACUAUUAUACUGCGAGAUGAAACCUUCUCUAUUUCUGGGAAAAAUCUUCAAGUGAGGUAUAAUGUGAAAAAGAAUGCCCUCCACCUGAUGUUUGAUAUCAUUAUCCCGGGAAAAUAUAACAUGACCCUUGUAUGGAAUAAGCACAUGAACUUCUUCAUCAAGAUCUCCAGGGAAACACAGGAAACUAUCUGUGGUUUGUGUGGAAACUAUAAUGGCAAUAUGAAAGAUGAUUUUGAAACCCGAAGCAAGUAUGUGGCAUCAAAUGAACUGGAAUUUGUGAAUUCUUGGAAAGAGAAUCCUCUCUGUGGGGAUGUAUACUUUGUAGUGGACCCCUGUAGCAAGAACCCUUAUCGUAAAGCUUGGGCAGAAAAGACAUGUUCCAUCAUCAAUAGUCAAGUCUUUUCUGCCUGUCACAAUAAGGUGAAUCGUAUGCCCUAUUAUGAGGCCUGUGUCCGAGACUCAUGUGGUUGUGACAUUGGAGGUGAUUGUGAAUGCAUGUGUGAUGCCAUUGCAGUAUAUGCAAUGGCAUGUUUAGAUAAGGGUAUCUGCAUUGAUUGGAGGACUCCUGAGUUUUGCCCUGUCUAUUGUGAGUAUUACAAUUAUCACAGAAAAACAGGAAGUGGGGAUGCUUAUUCCUAUGGCUCCAGUGUCAACUGCACCUGGCAUUACAGACCUUGUAAUUGUCCAAAUCAAUACUACAAAUAUAUGAACAUUGAAGGCUGUUACAACUGCUCUCAUGAUGAAUAUUUUGACUAUGAGAAAGAAAAAUGCAUGCCAUGUGCAAUGCAGCCUAAAGCAACAAGAAUCUCUACUGCAGUCACAUUACCCACAGCUACCCAGUCAACAUCACCUAGUACUUCUGCAUCUACUGUACCAACUGAAACCACAAAUCUAACUGUAACCUCAAAAAUCACAGUUCCAAGAACUUCAUCAUCAUCACCUCUUGUCACAAUGAAAUCAACAACUGAACGUACGACAUCAAUUUUUACUAUGACACCUUCCAUAACUACCUCAGCGAAAGGAACCAUCUUCACUGAACCAAAAUCUACACCUACUGCCUCAGUAACCAUUGUUUCAACAGAAACAGAAAAAAUAAGGUUCACUACACCACUCUUAGAGACUACUGUGAAAGAAGAAAUGACAGCCAUCUCAAUACCUUAUACUACAUCUCAGAUUGCAACUUUCAGCGAGCCUGAAGUAUCAACAAUAGGACCCAAACUCAGGCAGUCACAGCAGUCACAUUGCCCCUAA